CAGCUCGUCAAGGCGCAUCGAAUGAUAUACAUGUUGACCUUGAGGUCACGUGACCUGAGGUCAACCUUUGACAUUAACUUUUCGAUGUCAACACAUAUAUGAUUCGAUGCGGAUUGACGAGAGGAUCACGAUGGUUUGGAACUUUUAUUAGGUGCUUACUGCCUCAAGAGGAUAACGCAGUAAACAUGUGUGAUGACGGAAGUAGGUAUACCAAAAGAAGCCGAGUUUGUUAACAUGGAAGAAUCAGAUGUGCAUGUUAAACGCCAAGAUGUGUCUGGUGAACUAGUGGAUAGUGACAUGGAUGGUGACAUGAGUAGGUUGUGCAAAGUUGGUCGAGUUGAGAAGGUGUUGACGGACUUUUGUGAAGGGGAUGACAAAGGGCAGGUGAGAGAGUCCAUCUGUUCCAAAAAUGCACAUGAGGUCAGCUCGAAUCUGUCAUCGGGAACCGAACUGAGGGCGUGCAAUGAAGGCGUUGACAUUCGCCUUCCACGGUGCGUUCGGAACGUAAGUGUUCCUGGAGGCAUUAAAGUCACCAACAACAUCGUUACAGUUUCAAAACGGUUCUUAUACUUACUGUCAAUGAGUACCGGCUGUCUACGAGGCCGUGAUUUUUUGGCUGAGCUACGUGAACAUUUGUCAGAAGACGGCCUCCGUGCGGAAUUUGAUAAUGCUACGGCUAGAUAUCUGAACAGGGUGCUGAAAGCGAUCCACGACAAUUUGAGGACUCGCUCCGAAGGCGGGCGCCUUUAUUGUGUGGCACGAUACCAAAAAUUCUUUGUUCAGUUCCGAUGCUACUGGAGGGCUCCGGACGCAAAUCACGGCGGCAUCCGUGAAGUGGCCUCCGAACGGCUCACUGUGCCGAUGCAAGGUACGACCUUUGGCAAGGAUAGCCUGGAGGAGGACGAUGAGCCCCCAGAGUUCAUAGGCCCUGACGAUGGCGAUGAAGUCAACUGGCGAGCGUUGAGUGAAACCACUAGCCAUCAAUCGUUGUGCACCAGUGAGAUGGAUGAGAGUAGCGGUGAGCAAUUGGAAAAUCGCUCUGAGAGCUUUGGCGUGUCUACUGAAGGAAUGCGUUGCAUUAUUCAGUCAGAAAGUUGUGCACCGUCUGUGAAACCUGUUACUGGUGAGCCAUCAGACGUGGAGAUAGUUAACGAGCUGGCGUGCAUCAAAGAGGAGCCAGUCAGUGAGUCCACAUGUAGGGAAAAAUCUGAUGAGAUUACCUUGUGCACGGAGCAAGCGAACACAGCGAGGGAACAUGCAGUUACCAACAAUUCGCUAGGUACCAUCGCACAACCAUCUGAUGUCGUCCUCCCGCGCUCUCUGAAUGAAGACCUGAAAAUUGCCGGUGGCAUCCGUAUCGAUAACGAUGUUGUCACCGUCUCCAAAGGAUACCUUUUCUCACUGGCAGUGCGUGACUCUCUAUGCACGCCGCGAUGGUGCAUCAAUGUUCUUUGUAAGCACCUAUCACAAAUGCGGAAUGGCCUACGCGCUGAACUGGACGCGUGCACGAAAAGUUUUCUGCGCAAGUUUUUCCAGCAAACCUUGCGGUGGCGACGACCGGCGCCUAGCUACUUUCCGAAGCACAGAAGAGCUGCCUUAGAUCACAAAUACUGCCAAUUCUCUUGUGUGUGGAAGGAUAGUUCGCUGGAGGAGAGCACUCCGGAUACUGUCGAACGGCAGGGUGAUGAACCCGGACGAGGCAAGCACAGUGCGCCACCCAGGCGCUCCCAAAGAGAUCGCAAGACGCAAGAACCAUGGCUGUCGCUGCCGAAGCCGACCGAUUUCGAAACAAUCGUCAAACCCAGAAAACGGCGACAAGUUCCCAAAGUCAAGCAAGUCAAGCCUGUCCGUCGAGGACCUGGACGUCCAAAGGUAGAAAUGGAAUCUCUUCCGAAUGGGUUCGGCGGAACUCAUCCCCGUUCAUCGAUGAAAGUCACAAAGGGCGGCUCAGUGGUGACUUAUCUGCGCAGAGACCGCGGCGAAACCGUUCUCGGCGGUGGAUCUCUUCGGCUGGACGUGGAGAGGAGGUUCGCGACUGAGGAUCCUCUGGAAAUCUCUCCCAGCGCUACGGACCCGGCCAUCAAUAGCGCUGCCACUGUUCCAGACGGUUCAGCCGCAGGUAACCCGGCGCAGGACAACUCAGUGGCGACUCAUCAACGAAGAGACCACGGCGAAACCGUGCUCGGCAGUGAGUCUUUUCUGCAGCACGAAGAGAAAGAAGCGUUUUCGACCGGGGAUCCUCUGGAAAUCUCUUCCAGCGCUACGGACAUGGCUAUCGACAGCGCUGCCACUGUCCCAGAAGGUGUACCCGCAGAUCUGCCUCUUAAAAUCCUGGGGAAGUCUGGCCAGCUCCUAGACUGCCGAGCUCGUCGUUUGGUGAAUGCUGAGGGCGGCUCCCUGCUUGCUGUUCUGAUGCCGGUCGCAACAUUUAGUGUCACAGCCGGCUCUGACGACACCCUCAGCCCGUCGGCAGGCAUCGCCACGUCAACCGAAUCUGAUCCUGCGAGCGAGCUCUCGAUCGAAGAGCCAUCGGCGACAGAGGAGCCGUUCUACUCACGAGUCAAGGCGGUGCCAUGUGGCCCAUCAGAUCCUCGCAUACCUACCAUCAAACGUGGCCGACGAAGAAGAGCCAAGUGAAGGAGAUGCUUUCAAAUCGCAUGCGGCUACUGCGAUCACUUCGUGAGUACGUUUCGACUCAAGCUGACAUAAUGUGUGAUGUGUAUCACUUCGAGGCAAUUCGCAGCGCCCAGAACGUCAUUUCGUACGUCAAGGAGUCCCUGAUGAAAUCCGGUUACUCCUUGCUGUGUGAGGGUGCGGUGCAACUGGCGCAAUCAUUACUUCAAGAUUUUUAAGGCCGCCAGCGUGGGACCAAAUGGAUAGCCAGGCAGACUGCGAAUGUGACAAUGGCUCGGGCAGUGGCACAAAGAGGCACUGGAAGGAGAGGACACCGGGUGUUACGCCCGACUUCGGUUAACUGCUCAGUGCUCAGAUCCCCCAAAUGCCAAUGCCUUAUUUUAGUUAGCGGUAUGAUUGAAAUGGAUCGUAAUGUGUGAACCUGUUGUGAACGUGCGGGUGUUGGAGUACCCGAUGCUGCUAUUGUGUUUUAUGAUGGGAUGGGUAAUUACGUUGUGAAUGAGAUAUUAACGUGUUAAGAGCGAAGGAAGGAUAGUGGAUGGUGCAGUUCAUUUAUGAAGAAUCAUUUUGUUUCACUGGCAACGUUAGUGAAUGACAGCCACUAAGUAAGGUUCCAUGGUUUUGCGACAAGAUGCACUUUCAGUGGUGUUUGACUUUUUUAGGAAUAAGAACUGUUGAUAACUGUUUGGCUUAAAAUAUACUUUAUCUUUGUCAUAUUACUGUUACUUGUUUACCAUGUUAACGAUGGUCCCGAUUUGUUCUCGCUUCUAAAAUGAUCAUCAUUGAAAACAUCACAAAAGAAGCAGUGGAGCAGCUGAAGCGAGAGAAGCAGCAGUUCUGCAGUUCUCAACCUUCUACUAAAAUCGUUCUAGAAAUGUCCAGAAUCGUUUUCCGGCCUCCUGGUAAUUUUUGUCCAUUCUGAAGUUGGACACAUGGUUCAGAGAUUCUUUUUUCAUAAAAUUGCUUAUGAUGCACACGGGCGAGGGUUCUGCCUUCCGUCACUCUUACGGUAAUUGAUCGUGGUAAAGCCGUGAGUGGUGUCUUGUUCACUGAUUCGAAGAGCAUUAAAAAUGAACGCCAAUCACCUUUUAAUUCUGCAAGUUUCAAGGUCUCGCUGGGACAUCGUUAGCGUGCAUCUACAUGUAGUUACAUUAUGUGCUGUGCCUCUCGUGGGGGCUAACUCAUUGUUAUUUUUUUUAUUGAUCGCCCUGUAGUUAUAAAUGAACCUCAAUUGCGUUAUGCUUGAUGACUGCAAUAGACUUCAACGAAUGUG